UGUAGGAAGGAUGUAUCGCCAAUUGCUUCGGAUCACUCCACUCAACUAUGCAUCCACAGUGCGUAUUUCUUUUCCUGGACUCACCCAGAUGCGCCUCGAAAGUUCCGGCAGCCCAUCCAGCCCUGACACACCUGGCAAGGUGGACAAGGAGUCCAAGUAUAGUCGUGCCAAUGUGAAGAAGAGCGUAAGAGGCUACGUAUUCACGCGAUACUUUGACUACCUCACCAACUAUGACAAAGUCCUGGAGAAGAAGUUCCCGGCGGCGAUGCACGUCUACCGGGUAUUUAUGGUGGGCAUCAAGGACUUCUACACGGACACCAAGAAGUUCCUCAAGAUCAUUCGCAUCGUUAACACCGCGCCCGGGGGCUUGAAGGCACUCACAAGGAAGGAAAUGGAGCUCUAUCAUCAAAUGCCGCGUGAUAUGAGGAAGAUUGCUCCUGUCCUCCUCAUCUCUGCGCUCCCCUUUGCCAAUUAUGUGAUAUUCCCACUCGCAUAUAUGUACCCAAGAUACUUCCUAACAUCACAUUUCUGGGACAUUCGUCAGAAGAGUGAGUUCCAGCAGCUCUACCUGAAGGAACGCAUCAUCCACAAUCGUCGUAUUUUUCGGUAUAUGCAAGCAAAGCUUGAACAACUUCGCCCCGUGGAGGAAGACUUUGCAAAAGUCUCCAAUAUCCUUGGGCUUCUGGGUAGUGGACUUCAUCCCACGGCUCAGGAAAUCCUCGCAGUACGUCCAAUCUUCGGCAGAGCUCCCUACCAAAUGAGUUCCCUCUCAUCAGGGCAUGUUGCCACGCUGUGUCACCUACACGAUGUCCGUACGGGGCUACUGAAGCGUGCUCGCUUAACGGAACGUUUCACGCUCUUCCAGCACAUGGACAGGGCCAUCAAGCACGAAGGUGGGGUACACAAUAUGACACCCGACUCCCUAAAGCACGCCUGCUACCUGCGCGGCCUCAACCCAACAAAUCUCAGCAACGACCAGAUGAUUGAGUGGCUGCGCGACUGGGUGACCGUCUCGCUGGCCGUAGACACGGAAACAAUGAGCCUCUUCUUCCACCUACCCAUCCUCAUUGCCUACAAUCACCCCAACAAUUGGGUACUCACACACAAGUGAGCCCACCCAGCGUAGUAGCUAGUCAGUGUGGUGGUGGAUGAGACACCCCCACAAGACUCACGUUGACUGUUGAACCCCAAAUGUAAAUAAAAAAAGUUCUCGCAAAUUAAAAGAUUUAAUUUUAGAAGAAAAAAA